GGACGCGACGAGUUUGUCUCCGUGUCUGAAAACGGUUGGUGGUGAUACGCUAGACACUCCAAGUGAUAAUAUCAGUGCAUAAUGAAAACCUCAGUGAUUAUAACAGCUUUGCUGUUCACGCAGGUAUCUGCCUCAUUUUUCGAUGUAUUUCAAGGCGCGGUGCUAUCGGUCCAGAACAGUUUUGGAAAACUUUUGAGUGACGUAGUAACCGAUGUCAAAGAUACUGUAGACUGCACUAUUCUUGCUGUAGAACAUGUUCUAUCUUUGAGUGAGGACGCAACUAUACGAUAUUAUGACAAAUGUGGACAAGGAACUAACCAAACUACACCGAAUGAUCCUAAAAAAAGUGAGAGUUUGCCAAAGAUGGAAGUUUCAAUUAAAUUCCCGCCCAGUGAGGAAUAUUUACAAAAAAUAAUUCCAGCUGAAAUUGAUGCUAGAAUUAAUAAAACUCUUUCAAAAGUUCUUGAGGAUUAUAAGCCACAUAACAAUUUACUAAGUAUUGAAAAUGUGCUCGCUAAAGAAUCUGAACAAUUGGCCGAUGUUAGCGAUUUAGUAAAGAAAGAAAUGAAAAAACUUUCAAAUGAGGUGACUGCUGAUUUAGAGCAUAUCAAACAACGGGAUUCAGGGCCUUCGGUUGAUACAAUUCUAGAGGAAAUCAAAGUUUUAGAAAAAAGUGAACAAAAUGCAAGAAACGUUUCAGAAGCUGUUGAAAUCCACCAAGUAAUUGAUGAAGUUUUAGAUAAACUGGAUGCAAUUGAAGCUACUGAAGCGAACGAAAACGAUAAACUUGAAGAGAUUCUGAGGGAUUUGGAAAACAAUUCGAACAAUAGUUUCUUAGGAUUAAGACAACAAUUUGAAGAAUGGAAGAAAGAGGAGUCGAGACAUUUAAGUGAAAUUAAAGAUAAAAUUGAGGAGCAUGAGAAAAUUUACAAUCAUACAAAUAAAGUGUAUGACUCUAAUCACACACAAAUAGUUUUACUAAGUAAAGAUAAACAAAAUGAUACUUCUGAGCCUCUUAUACUUUCACAGGGUAUACUUACAGUGCAAGUAUCUAAAGCUAAAGACGUAACAACAAAACGAAUUACUAACGCAGACGGCACAGAAAAACCAAAUGAGAGUGGAUUUAUUCAAAACUUAAAAAGUACUACUGUUGAUGGAACUAAUGAAUCUGUAACAACGAACCGGUCUCUAACUACUAAUACCAAGAGUUCAAACAAAUUACCAAUCGAUACGAGUGUCCGGACUUUAGAGACCUUAAUGCUGUUAAGAACCGAUAGAACAACUGCAAGCACUCAGCGUUUAGAUCCUAAUGAUAUUAUUAUCACAAGCACAAGCAAUUAUCCGCCAAUCAUAGAAACCACAACUGAUAAUAAACCCAUACGACUUGAAACUUCUACAGAUUCUAGUCGAGAGGAUUUGACUGCAGUAAUGGCAGUUGAUAAUAGUACUGACUCAAUUAACACAGAUGUAGUUACAGGAAACACACUUGAAAACGUGACUUCGCAAAACACUGAUGGAGUCAUUGUGUCUACUACUGAAGAUUUUGCAAUAACAACAGAAAUAACAACUACUGUAGCAAAUAACUCAAAUAAUAUUCCGGCAACCAGCACGCUAACCCCAGAAACUCCAUCUCCUGAAUCUAUUGACGCAAUAGUUACCGCCACUCCGCCUAAUUUGUUUGAAGAGCCUACAACGUUUAUUUCAAAUAAAUCCAUGAUAUCAAACGUAUCAGGCAAUUCUAAUUAUGUUGAGACAACGACCACAUUAGAAGUCUUUGCUAAUACUUCUCCUUCUGAAAGCGAGGAACCUUCAAAAUUGAUAACUGAUUCCCCAACGUCUCCGGCAAAAAUAUUUGUAACUGAGUCUAAUACAAAUCCGACAAGUUCAUCUUCAAUAACCGAGAGCACAGUGACUCCUGAGAUGCUUCAGUCAGUUAUAAGGACAACGACUACACCUUUACAGACAGCAGAAAGCACUGAGAUUCAAUCAGUUGAAAAUACCACACGUAGUGAAGAAGAGGAACCUUCACAUAAAGCUACAACAUUAAGCAUUGACUCUAAUACCAGUUUUAUAACAAGCACAUCUAAGAUGGCAGAAAUUAUGGCGACUACAAAUGAAGAAACAACACAAUUACCGACGGAGACAGUUAGUGUGGUUAUUGAACAUGUUGAAAAUACAACAUCAUCUGAAGGACCCAACUUAAAUAAAAAUGGUGUAACUACAACGACGAUACCGAUAUCAGAAAGAACAUUGAGUACAGAGAAUCUUCCGUCAGUUAAGAAUACAACACCGACUCAUGAAGAAUUUUCAACGCUGACAUUAUCGGACUCGAGAUAUACUACUAUAACAAGUACUUUACCACCAGCAGUAGAAAAGGCAACAUCAACUGCGUUGAAUCAGUCAGAAGAAAGCACCCUGUCUGAUGAAAUUGAGGUGUCAACCUUACCUAAAAUUAAAAACUUGGAUCAUAUCGCAACAAGCACUGAGUUCAAAACAAUAAUUAGCAAAACUACAACUGAAAAUAUUAAAACAGUUGAAACAACAAUAGCUUCUGAAACUAAAGAGCCAACUGAUUUGACAACAAAUGAUAUUGUAACAUCAAGUACUGUUUUUUCACCACCAAAAGAAAACCCAUUAUUGAGUGAAGUUAUUUCAGUUGAAAGUUCGACGGCUUCUUAUAUAGAAAAAGGCUUACUUAAAACAGAUGACAUGUUACGUACUACUCCAAGAAUAAUUACAAAUCCUAAUUUCACUAUAAGCAGUCCGCCAUUAAUGGUUACAGAUGGUCCACCUAUAAUUAAUAAAGUCUCUUUAAUCGAUCAUCCUAUGAUUCCUGUGAAUAAUCCGUGGUUGACACCGAAGAGUGUUGAAAAAGCUAAUUCAAAUAAAAUAAGCCCGCAAAACUAUAAUAUGCCGAGAAUACCAAAAAUUCAUAAUGAUUUGCCGCAAUCAUUGACUGGUGGAUUAUUAGAUACAAGAUGGCCGCUGUAUGAUCCACAUCAAGUCAACAAUGCUCCUCAGAAAUUCGGUAUACCUAAAGGAUUUUUUCCAGCACAAUUUCAAAAUCACAAAUCACCAGAUUACCAUGGAAGAAAAAAUGAUUUUAUUAAAAACAGGUUUUCCGAUGUAGGAGCAACUCCUGCUCCUAUAAAUCCUGUAUUAACUAAAGGACCAAUCCCCAUUUUACCCAAACAGCAACCUCAGGUUGAAAUUAGUGCGCAUGACCAAGCAGUGUUUGAUGAAUUUGAUUCCAUGAGUGAUUCUGGAUGGCCUUCUAGCUCAAUGGAUGAAAUAUUAAACCUAGCCGAAAUGCCUAUAGCGCCAGAGAAAAAAACUACACCAAGCCCAAGAGUACCUACAGAUCGUGGAAGAAUAAAUGGACCAGAACGUCCUCUUCAGUCACCUUAUAACAGACCACCAGGGUUAACCACGAACAGACCACCAAUCAAUGCUCGAACAGACGAUAGUCAAAACAUGCCUGUGGACUACGAUUCUUUCUUCCAUAUUCCCCAAAAGAACACCGAAGCUCAUCAACGUGCUUUGAAGGAUGCGCAACAACUUAUUGCGAACAGCCAACUUUCCAACCGCAUUAUCGAUAGGGUUCUUCGGAGCAAAAACACUGUCGGAGCAAGAAGCAUAUUUAACAAUCCUAGAACAUUAAACUCGGGCAAAUGACUUUUGUUUUGAUAAGUCUUCUGUUUUUCUUGAAAUUCAUUAAACAUUUCUUUAUUGAGAA